AUGGGCACCUUGGUUAUGUUCGCUGUUUUACUAUUUUAUAGUUCUACCGCUGAUGCUAUUGACACUUUCAAUUCGACUGGUGGCGCGGUUUACGUGCCAAUAGUCAAUAACAAUGGAGAGACGGUGUACAUCACAGAGGAGCUAAUGAGGAAACUCGACGAAGAGUGGGAGACAUGGCACUGGACUCCCUGGCUGCGCACAAGAACCGAGAUAAUGGAGAAUGUUGUCAAGGAGGUGGACUGCAUCGGCGGCGAUUCCAUCGACAGUUUCCCGGACGACAUAUUUACAGAUGAGCAACUUCGGAAUGGAGCGUUUAUGUUAUACGUGCUAUUCGGAAUUUAUGCUUUCACACUUUUGGCGAUUAUUUGCAACGAUUACUUCAUUCCGUGCGUUGAAUUAAUAUGCGAGGAUUUGAAGAUACCGCAGAAUGUUGCGGCGGCAACUUUCAUGUCGGUGGCGACAUCGUGUCCCGAGUUCUUCGUCAACGUCAUCUCUACUUUCCUCACGGAGUCGGACAUGGGCGUUGGGACCAUCGUCGGCUCGGCAAUCUUCAAUGCGCUCGGGGUCGCGGCGAUCGGAGGUCUCGCCGCUUCGGCUCCAAUUACGAUCGAAAGACGUCCAGUGACCAGGGACGUCAUCAUGUACAUAUUCAACGUUACCGCUCUGGUAUUGAUAAUAUGGGACGGGCGAGUCGAGUGGUAUGAAGCUUUGGUCCUCGCCAUCCUUUAUAUAACGUACUUCGUCGUGAUGUUCAACAGUAGCAAGAUAUUCGCUGCUUACGAUAAAAUAUCCCAGCGGAUCUGCCAGGGCAGUAGUCUGAAUAUUGUUGCUAACGACAACAAACCUGUAGAGGACGGUAUUGAUAACAAGGCUUUCAACAACACCGAGACAAUAAUUAACAAUGUACCAACUCCUGAAAAAGUUUCCGUCCAUGAAAAGGCUGAGGAAACUGUGAAACGCAAGAAGAGCUUAUGGAAUUAUCCUAGUGCUAAUUCAUUUACGUACAGACUUUGGUGGUUAUACACUUGGCCCCUGAAGCUGGUGCUUACAAUUACAAUACCGUUACCCGCGACUUAUCGGAAGCUUUACCCGCUGUCCUUCAUUAUGUGCAUUAUCUGGAUUGGUGUUAACUCGUACUUCGUUUCUUGGAGUAUGACCGUAAUAGGGCACACUUUAUUCAUACCAGAUUCUGUGAUGGGGAUGACGUUUCUGGCGUUUGGCGGCUGUUUACCUGAAGCAUGUUCAAUAUACAUAAUGUCUAGGAGAGGUGAAGGGGGCAUGGGAGUCUCUAACGCUUUAGGCGCCAACUCGUUAGCGAUACUCUUUGCUCUCGGGUUGCCCUGGCUGAUCAAGACCGCGACUCUUAAGGUGCAGGACGCUGAGAGCACCGUUGUCUACAUCAACUCAGCAGGCAUUGGUUACGUGGUGGGCUCCUUACAAGAGUCAGACAGAGAUGAAGAGAUUGAAAGGGACGAAGAGACCAAUAGAGAGGAAGAAAUCGAAAGGGAUGAAGAGACCAAUAGAGAGGAAGAGACCGAUAGGAUGGAAGAGGCUGAGAGGGAAGAAGGGACCGUGAGGGAGAAAGAGCCCGAGAUGGAGGAAGAGACUGAAAGAGAGGAAGGGACCGAGAGGGAGGAAGACCCCGAGAGGGAGGAAGACCCCGAGAGGGAGGAAGAGACCGAAAGGGCAGAAGAAUUUGAGAGGGAAGAUGAGGUCAGAGGGAAGAAG